AACUGAAGGCCUUUUUGGCAGGCAGCAUAUUGACUGCUAGCUUUGGAGAUAAUUAAAGGUGACUAGCAUCACUUCAUUGGAGAUUUUUUGAGUGGCUAUAUUGUUCAGCCCUGUGUUUGGCCCACCUCCCUUUCCUUUAUGUUUCAUUUCAUUUCAAAAGCAUAUAUCGUAUUUAUUUGUGGAGAACAACUAUAUGUAUGCACUUUUAUGGAUGCUUUGACCUGUGUUCUUCAAUGUUAUGUAGUGAUAUAGUGUUUUAAUAUUCACUUGUGGUUGAUAGCCCUCGUCUGUUUUAUCAACAUAUUUAGAAAAUCUUUAUGUGGUAAAUAUUGUUUGUAUUUAUGUAUGUACUUUGUGACUUAUUUUUAAGAUUGAAAUUAGAUCUGUUCUGCUAUUGUUGUUCAGUGUAUUAUUAUUACUGCUUCUGUUGUGCUUUUGGGACAACUGGUAUUUCAGAAAGGACAUAUCCCCUCCCCCACCUCUUUCUCUCAUUCUCAUAGUCUCUUACCUGUGUUGUCCUCUUUCCACCACUUUUUCAUCCUUUUUGUCCAGAUUACAGAGUACUUUUUUUAGGGAGGCACGUCAGUCCAUCAUGAUAUGAUAACAUUUAUUUGAUAACCUGGGAGAAACAUUUUUUGUGGGACCUCUUGUGACCUCCAUCAUACAGAUAAAACAGGUUUAUACAUAGAUCACAUUAUCACAUAGAUGACAUCUUUUGAAUUUUAGCACAAUGGUUUCUGUUUAAGCUGUGAAGAGCCUUAAAAAGCAAUGCAACUUUAUUGAUCCCCAGGGGCAAUUCAAAAUAGUGCUCAUGCUAGCAAUAAUAUAUACAUACACAUGAUAUAAAAGAGAUGAUAUAAAUGAACAUGUUAAAAUAGUGUCUCUCUCACACACACACAUUCUCUCUCACACACACAUUCCUAACAACAGCAGAUUCAGUGGGUAACCCCAGGCCACCUCAAGUUAGUACAAAAUCACAGCCAGUAGAGUUUAUCGAGUGAAUGGCACGAGGAAUAAAUGGGUUGCAGUGACGAUUGGUUCUACAUACAGCUAGAGCCAGACCACAAGAGUGAAAACUCACAUGCCAACACAUGAUCAGAAAUAGGAUGCAUGCUGCCUUUCUGAGCAUUUGCUGAUGACAAAAGCCUGCCAAAUCCCAUAUAAUUAUAUAUAUAAAAUGAAUUGGAUAUAGCAACUUCUGAGUAUAAUAUAAAUGAAAUACUUUGGUUUUUCUCUCUCUAGCUAUAGAAUGCAUUUUAUACUUAAAGAAUUAAAUUGUAUAAAUAAAGCAUGAAUUGUUUAACAAUAGAAAGAAGUAUAAAAUGCAUUGUAUAGCUAUAGAGAAAAUAUUCCCUUCUUGGCACCCCAUAGAAUCCAUCAGUUACUAUAAUUACAGUUUAUAGGGGUUUUAUUUUUUUAUGCUAGAGCUAACAGUGUGUAUUUUCAUGUUGCGUUUAUCGCAAAGGUUUGCCCCUCCCUUGACUGGAGAAACAUGGGCGAAACCAUUUGAAAACACGCCCACUUCGACAUCGGCCUUUAAGCAACAGUACGGAGCCUUACCAAGGGAAGUAGGUCGAAGUUCAACAGAGCUACUGAAACGUGUCAAGGACAACCUGCACGUGACUCUUUCUUUUCCACUUUUUGCUGACCUGACGGCCCGCUGCUGCAUCAUCUUCAUCAAGACCGUAGCAACAACGACUGCAGUCACCAUCGUCCAGCCAUGGUUGUCGUCGUGCUGAUGGGUGUUUGCGGAAGCGGAAAAUCCACAGUAGGGAAGGCACUAGCAGCCAAAAUGCAUUGUGUGUUUCGUGAUGCUGAUGAAUUUCACUCAAGCGAGAAUAAGCUCAAGAUGUCCUCUGGUAUUCCUCUUACAGAUGAGGACAGAGUUCCUUGGUUGCUUGCAAUCCAUGAUUUUAUCAAAAGUCUACAAGACAGUUCUGAAACUGGUGUGGUGACUUGCUCGGCUCUCAAAAGGUGGUACCGUGACAUUCUUCGCUCGGGCAGAAGUGACAAAGAAUCUGAAAAGCAGCCUUCAAAUGACAGUAAUACAGCACACCAAGAGUCAUUUGCCUCUGCUGACCAGGCAUCUUCUAAAAUUGUCUUUGUGCUGCUACAUGGUUCACGCGAUCUCUUGGCAGAGAGGAUGGCAGCACGAAAAGGUCACUUUAUGCCAUCCACUCUUUUGUCAUCUCAGCUAGAGAUACUGGAUGUACCUGGAGAAGACGAGGAUAGUUUUACAGUCGAUAUUCAAGCCAGCAUAAGUGGUAUCGUAGAUACAGUCAUCAACAGGCUCAGCCUUGUACAUUAACUGAAGCAGGUUUUGUUUUCCAAGACAAAAUUUCAGCCUGGGAUCAAACCAGACAAAAAUUUAACUUUAUUAAGAUAAAGACUCUGACCAAGAAAAUCUGUUGCUUUAAUAAAUCCAGAGCUUCCGAGCAUGAGACUUCAAUGACAGACAAAUUGUGCUACUCUGCUUUGUCAUCUCUGCUUACCACAUUUUGCUGCAUAACGCCACCCAGUAUUUCAUCAUUGAACUCCUUUUAAGCAUUAACCUUGUACUAGCAUUUUAAAGUGCAAACUAGUUCAGGCUAAUCUAAUCAAGUGAAACAGUUUAAUCCAUCUGCGUGUGUGUGCACACAUGAGCGUAUGUAUUUCAUGUAGUAACAUAAAUCAUGCUUCUGUCACACCAAGACAAAAUCCUUGUUUCACUUGGCAAAUAAAUUUUAUUGUUUCUUAACUGCAUGCAGGCUAAGAUCAAGCCUUAGAGACAAUGUUAAACAAAACUACUUAGAAAUUAGUAUUGAUUUAACUGCAUCUGGACCAGUAAGUCAACCAAGAACCAUUGCCAUACUCUGGUUUCCUCCUGUUCCCACUUCUCUCAUGGUGUAUGUAAUAUCACCUCUAGGAGAAGCACUUUCUUGCCAAACUAACCAACCUGUUUCAAAUGUGGAAUAGGUUUUGCUGUCAGGAGACUAAAUAAAGCAAGAUAAAAAGAAUACAUUUUAAAAUGAAUGACAUUUCUACCAUUUAUUAUUGGUGCAAUAUCAUUAAUAUUUUGAUAUUCGUGUAAUUGACUGUAUAUAUCCUAAAUAACAUAUAAUAAAUGGCAGUUUUAGAUAUGCCAGUAUUUACAAAGCAAAAUGUCAUAAUUAUAUAUAUAUUAUAUAUAACUAUCAUAAAUGUAAACCAUAAGUUUGAGUAAGAUUCAAGUUUAUAGCUGUAUACUUUUCUCACUGGUUCUGGCAUCAACAUUACAUCAUGAAACUUUACACUUGUAAUUUGACACUGAACAAUGAGCCAUACAGCACUGCAUUUGACAUGCCCAUCAUUGUACCCAGUGACUAGCAAGUCAUGAUCUUGGAUAUAAAUUAUGGCAUCCAUAAAUUUUUGGGUUUAUUUAAACCUGUGCUAAUUAUUGUACUAACAUGGUGAUAUUUUGCAUAUUAGUAAUUGAAUUUGUAAAGUGCAUUUCCUGUGUGGAUGUGAUCUCAAUGCACUGUGUAUUGAUGUGUCAUGACAUGCCUGACUGUUAUUCUAAAACAUUGGUUUUUCAAUGUUGCUGAUGAGUGCUUUAUUGUAUUUAUAAGUAUUACUAUUUACAUCUGUACUGCAACAAGCCUGGUGAGUGCACCCACUGUAAAAGCAUGAUGCUGCAUCAUACACUUACAUCAUGUUAUUAUUAUAUUUAUCCAGUGUUGUAAUCAAAUCUAUGCAAAUCUAUCUUUAUACUCUGACCAUUUGUUGACCAAAGGAUUUUUAAAUACAGAGUGUAUAUUUUA